ACAAUGGCCAGUGCCAUUAUAAUGCUAUAAAUCCAGCCAUAUCUGCUCCGCGGUUGUGUGUGCUCGUGCCCGCUUUGUGUAUAGAGAAAAAGGAGUUAAUUAAUUUAUUUUAUUGGCAAUAACAUGAUUUAGAAAUUAGCACAUUCCGGCCCUGCGCUGCUCUCCGUGGCCCGUACUCUGCUCACCGCCAGCCGCUCUCCGAUCUCCGGUCGUCUAUCCGUGUGGCUAUCUAAGUGCUCCGUUCGCUGGGAGCAGCAAAAAUCACACUUUUCGCUAAUGUAUAAAAUGCCAGCGCGCUUACUGUUGUUCCCAUUAAACUUGCAACAGCUCAGCGCUCAAGUCAAGGCGAUCCGAGUUCGAAAUCUAGUAUAUAAAUCAAAUAUAAAUCAGCCAAAGCCUCGAAUAUCACGUAUACGCCGUGAUGGUGCAACCAACUGAAAUGGAGACGCUGAAGCGCCAGAGCGAGGAUGGGGAGACCAAGGAGCGGGAGGAGAACUACAGGCGAGGCAAGGAGCAGGAGACCACGGAGACGGCGGCCAUCAUUGAGGAGAUUAUCGAAGGCAUCUCGCUGCAGAAUCGUCGCGGCACCAUAGUGCGUACUAUUUCCGCGAUAAUCAGCCAUCGCGAGCAGGAGCAACGAAAUGCGGAGGAUGUGCUAUUCGACAUGUUCGCCAGCGAGGAGACGGGCCUCAUCUCGAUGGGCAAGUUCCUGGCCGGGCUAAAGACCACCGGCAUACGCAGGAAUGAUCCAAGAGUGCGCGAGCUAAUGGAAAACUUGAAGAAGGUGCACAAGCUGAAUAACUACGAGACGGGCUCUUCGGCGGAAACGCAGCAUCUCAAUCGGGAGACCUUCAAGGCUGUGGUGGCCCCCAAUAUUGUGCUGAUUGCCAAGGCCUUCAGGCAGCAGUUCGUGAUCCCCGACUUUACGAGCUUCGUCAAGGACAUCGAGGACAUCUACAACCGCUGCAAGACCAACACACUGGGCAAGUUGGCCGACUACAUUCCGCAGCUGGCUCGCUAUAAUCCCGAUUCGUGGGGCCUGAGCAUCUGCACCAUUGAUGGACAGCGCUUCUCCAUCGGCGAUGUGGAUGUGCCCUUCACACUCCAGAGUUGCAGCAAGCCACUGACCUACGCCAUUGCCCUGGAGAAGCUGGGCCCCAAGGUGGUGCACUCGUAUGUGGGCCAGGAGCCGAGUGGCAGGAACUUCAACGAGCUCGUCCUGGAUCAGAACAAAAAACCGCACAAUCCGAUGAUCAACGCUGGUGCCAUCCUUACCUGCUCCCUGAUGAACGCCUUGGUGAAGCCGGACAUGACCUCCGCUGAGAUCUUCGACUACACCAUGUCCUGGUUCAAGCGCCUGUCCGGCGGAGAGUACAUCGGCUUCAACAACGCCGUAUUCCUGUCCGAACGUGAGGCCGCCGAUCGGAACUACGCGCUGGGCUUCUACAUGCGGGAGAAUAAGUGCUUCCCCAAGCGCACCAAUCUUAAGGAGGUGAUGGACUUCUACUUCCAGUGCUGCUCCAUGGAGACCAACUGCGAGGCAAUGUCCGUGAUCGCCGCCAGUUUGGCCAACGGGGGCAUCUGUCCCACCACCGAGGAGAAGGUCUUCCGGCCGGAGGUCAUCCGGGAUGUGCUCUCGAUCAUGCACUCCUGCGGCACGUACGACUACUCCGGGCAGUUCGCCUUCAAGGUGGGUCUGCCAGCCAAGUCCGGAGUUAGUGGCGGCAUGAUGCUGGUCAUCCCCAACGUAAUGGGCAUCUUCGCCUGGUCCCCGCCCUUGGACCACUUGGGCAACACAGUGAGAGGACUACAGUUUUGUGAGGAGCUGGUCUCCAUGUUCAAUUUCCAUCGCUACGACAACCUGAAGCAUCUGUCCAACAAAAAGGAUCCAAGGAAGCACCGCUACGAGACAAAGGGUCUGUCCAUCGUCAAUCUGCUCUUUUCAGCUGCCAGCGGAGAUGUUACGGCCUUGCGCCGUCAUCGACUCUCCGGAAUGGACAUCACCCUGGCCGACUACGAUGGUCGCACUGCCCUCCAUUUGGCUGCCUCCGAGGGACACUUGGAGUGCGUGAAGUUCCUGCUGGAGCAGUGUCAUGUACCCCACAAUCCCAAGGAUCGUUGGGGCAAUCUGCCCGUGGAUGAGGCCGAGAACUUUGGCCACAGUCACGUGGUGGAGUUCCUGCGCUCCUGGGCCGAGAAGGCCGAUCUGUCCAACGAGGAGUGCAACCCCGAGGCGGUGACCAGCAAGACACAAGCGGAUGAGGAAAUCUGCAGCACAAGCGAUUUGGAGACCAGUCCGACCACCAGUCCCAUUCCCACCCCCGUGGAAUCCGGAUCCAGGGCAGGAUCCGGGCGGUCCAGCCCGGUGCCAUCGGAAGCGGGCAGUACGGCGAGCGUCGGAAGCAGCAUCGAUGAUAAAACCAAGCCGGGACUAUAGGCGCACACAGAGAUCCAGGAUCCCAGCAGAAUCUCUCUGACUAAAUUAUUCGCACAACCUAUUAGUUUAUAUAUGAUGUAUUAGAUUAAAGUUAAGAGUACCCGAAAUGCCAUCAGUUCACGCUGGCCGGUUAGUCCUAUAUAAUUUGUAGUAGUCAUCCCACGUGCAAGUCGUGGUCCUGCGGCAUUUGUACUUGUACUUGGUAGUGCUUAGUUAGCCACAAAAAUUCCAUGUAAUCCUACGAGACAAUGACAAUAAUCCUAACGGAUAUCCAACAAACCCACACAACUUGGGUCUGUGACCCGCGCAAAUGUAUUGCAUUCGUACUUGUCAAUUGAUAUUUGUAUGCUUUUGAAUGUGUAUUGAUAAUCCUUUUUAAGCAGAUCCAAAUAUGUCUGUUAAGAUAUACCUGAUUGAUUGAAUAUAUACAUGUUUAGCUGAGAAUACACAAA